AUGGAAGAAGCUGCCAGGAGAUUGAUCAACCUCUGUGAUCAAGCGCUGGCGGACGCAAAAGUACCUCCAGAAACAGAACUCAAGUCUCUGGGUCUGUCACUCAGUGGACUCAAUACUGAAGAAAAUGUGGAGCAAAUCAUUCUGGCCGUGAGAAAGUUGAGACCGAAAAUCGCAGAGAAGUUGCACGCUUCCAACGAUGCUGUUGGCACACUGGUCACUGCUACCGACCGUGACGCGAUUGUUCUGAUCGCGGGAACCGGAUCGAUUUGCAAACUGAUCAGACGAAGCCUCAGUUUUGUCCGCAUUGGUGGAUUAGGCUAUCUGUUGGGUGACGAAGGUUCCGCCUUUUGGGUGGCACAUCAGGCAAUCAUGUGUUUCAUGAAGACAACCGAGGGUUUCAUGAGAUCACCGUACCCGACACAGAAGCUCACUGAAGCUAUCUAUAAACACUUUAAAAUCAAGCACCAUCACGACUUGUUGCCCUAUUUUGGAGAGAAAUUUGACAAGACUUACAUAGCAAUGUUGUGUCGACAUCUGGCCGAUGCCGCACACGAGGGAGACCUGUUCUGCAAGGAGUUAUUCCACGAUGCUGGAUUCCAGCUCGGACGUCACGUGUCUGCUGCUGUUCGUUAUGCAGAUAAGGAAGGUCUCAUGAAACCAGACGGAAUGGACGUUAUCUGUUGUGGCUCGGUGUUCAAGAGCUGGGAUCUUGUUGAAUCAGGUUUUCGGGCUGGUUUGCGGCCACGAUACAGCACAGACUGCGGUCACGGUAGAUUAUUUCUUCGCCUUCUUCAACACACGGCCGCUUAUGGAGCAGCCAUUUUGGCAGCCAAAGUGGAAUUGGGCUAUAAUCUGCCUCGUCCCAAGAACGUUACUCGCCUGAUAUGUGAAAUCAGCCUGACCGAGGCAGAUCCCAUUCGUGACCCAUGA